GUUUCGUUUCAAUUUGACAAGCUUUAAAUUUACGCCGAUCUGGCAGUGUCACUCCCAACUAUAAUAACUACCAGGUAAUCCCUAGGGUUUUUCAAAGCCAAACAAAUCCCACAUUUCCAAAAUGUCAUUUGAUUCAACGCCGCCGGCGGUGGAGAAGCUCACCCUAAACGCCGCCACCGUAGAUGAAGCCAAAUUCUCCCAACGCGUCCCGAUCCGUUCUAUCGUCGGCCGUCCCGACGGCGGAGCUGGACUCGCCGGAAAUGUCGUCAAAAUCGGCGGCUGGGUAAAAACAGGUCGAGAACAAGGCAAAGGUUCAUUCGCGUUCCUCGAAGUGAACGACGGCUCUUGCCCGGCGAAUCUCCAAGUAAUCGUCGAUGCUUCAGUUCACAAGCUCGGUGAUUUGGUACUUACUGGUACUUGCGUACACGUGGAAGGUGAAUUGAAGGUACCUCCUGAAGGCGCAAAGCAAAAAGUUGAACUUCGUGUACAGAAGGUUCUAUCUGUUGGUACUGUUGAUGCUGCCAAGUAUCCGUUGCCGAAAACUAAGUUAACACUUGAGUUUUUAAGGGAUUUUGUUCAUCUUCGGCCCCGAACUAACACGAUUUCUGCCAUUGCAAGAAUCCGUAAUGCCUUAGCUUAUGCCACCCAUACAUUCUUCCAGAAGAAUGGGUUUCUUUAUAUCCACACUCCAAUCGUCACAACAAGUGAUUGUGAGGGUGCUGGUGAGAUGUUCCAAGUUACUACUUUGAUAAACGAAGCUGAAAAAUUGGAGAAGGAGCUGAAAGAGAAUCCUGCUCCUUCAGAAUCUGACAUUAAAGCUGCUGAGCAACUUGUCAAAGAGAAAGGGGAGGCAGUUGCUCAGUUAAAAGCUAAUAAGGCGAGCAUUGAGAAAAGUGGUGCCAGUAUUGCGGACAUCAACAAGCAAAUCAGUGCUGCAGUUGCUGAGCUGCAAAGAGCUAAAGAGAAUCUACUGAAGUUGCAAGAGAGAUUUAAACUGGGAGAAAGGUGUAGACUCUCUGCUGGUAUCCCCAAAAAGGACGGAAAGGUUGAUUACUCUGAGGAUUUCUUUGCACGGCAAGCUUUCUUGACUGUGUCUGGCCAACUCCAAGUUGAAACCUAUGCCUGUGCACUUUCUAGUGUGUAUACUUUUGGACCAACUUUUCGAGCCGAACAGUCCCACACUUCUCGGCAUCUUGCGGAGUUCUGGAUGGUGGAGCCUGAAAUAGCUUUUGCAGAUAUCCAGGAUGAUAUGAAUUGUGCUGAGGCAUAUGUGAAGUUUCUGUGUCAGUGGUUACUUGACCAUUGCCUUGAUGACAUGGAAUUUAUAACUAAAUUUAUAGAUAAAGAUGCUUUGAGUAGACUUAGAAUGGUUGCCUCAUCGAACUGUUAUCGAAUAACUUAUACAGAAGCCAUAGCCAUUCUCGAGGUAGCAGCCAAAGUGAAGAAAUUUGAAAAUAAAGUAGAAUGGGGUAUUGACUUAGCAUCUGAACAUGAAAGAUAUUUGACCGAAGAGCAUUUUAAGGCACCUGUUAUUGUGUUCAACUACCCAAAAGGGAUUAAAGCAUUUUACAUGAAGGUGAAUGAAGACAAGAAGACAGUUGCUGCCAUGGAUCUGCUUGUACCAAAGGUGGGAGAACUAAUUGGAGGAAGCCAAAGAGAAGAGGAUUAUGAAGUCCUCAGAACAAGGAUACUGGAGAUGGGUUUACCACUAGAGCCAUAUGAGUGGUAUCUAGACCUGAGGCGCUAUGGUUCUGUGAAGCACAGUGGUUUCGGUUUAGGCUUUGAGCGAAUGAUUCUUUUCGCCACUGGGAUAGAAAACAUUCGGGAUGUCAUUCCCUUUCCCAGAUAUCCAGGAAGAGCCGAUCUCUAAAUGAAAUUGAUAGUCAAGGGAUACCUAGUUUUUGGAAAUUAUGAUACCAUUUUCUAGCAUUGUAAUUGUUAUUACAAAUUUCAAUCAAAUUUAGAUACAGGAAACCUAUAUUAACUUAAGAUAUCUCGUGAGUGAGGCAUUUGGCGGCUCGGUUGAUUAACCCUUGCUUGGGUGGUUGCAUUCUGGUUGCUUUGGUUUUGUUAGGUAUAUCUCCUUAACUAGAUGUUUGGAUGGACGCCAACACAUGGUAACGUACAUGUAUCUUGAUCGGCUUGAAAUAUAUCUUUGUUUCUGGUAAUGCUUUGUUA